GUGUACACAGUUAUUUGUGGGCUGUCUUAAAAAUUGUUUAGUGUUUUGAAUACAGGUGUGGUUUUUACCUAAGAUGCUUUCUUUCAUCAACUUAUAUAUUCAGUAUAAUGUCAAUCAUACAGUACAAAGUGAAUCCCAAUAUGGAUUGAAUAUUACCUGCUGCUCGCUUUAUUUUGCAUAGUAAAACUGUUUUUCUUAUUAACUGAACUUAGUACAAUGAGCGAAUGGUUAUGCUUCAUCUGUGGAUUUGAACUAGGUUAAAGCAUAAAUACAUACAUUAGCUCUGUUGACAUUUGUAAGCUGUCGCUAGGCUACUGUUUGUUGUGUUUAUUUGUUUUAACAACGCUUUUGCGUUCUGGGAAAAGUCGAAGGAGCAUCCGCUUAGUAUAAAGUAUAUUUCGAAAUUUUUUUCUUUUGAGGAAAAGUUUAGGUAACCGAGAAACAUUUACUGCAAGGUUUGAUAUAAAACUAAUUGAAAGAUGGAGAUAGCUGGAAUACAUAUGCUUACUUUUGUAGGCUUCAUAUUAACUAUUGUUGCGUUAGUGAUCGAUUUAAUUGGUUUUGCUGCUCCUUAUUGGUGGUAUAUUGAAUCACUAAAUACAAAACGGUAUGCCGGACUCUGGAAACUAUGUUUUGAUAGCGGAUCGUCUACAACAUGUGGAGACUUUGUAGACUCAGACAACUUACAAUCAUGGUUCGAAGCCGUUCAAGCCAUGGAGACCAUUGGUUUCUUAUGUUUAAUUGCUGCACUUGUUGUCGUCAUAUUGAAACUAUUCGUCUUAAAAGAUAAACCAAUUCUGAAAUGGGUAGCUGUUGGAUGCUUAGCUGCAGCAGCGGCAUUUAUCCUGAUUGGAGUAUGCAUCUAUGGAGGAGAAGCAUCAACACUUGAAACUGAUAAUCUACAUUUUGCCUUCGCCUUUGUGAUUAUUGCUGCUAUUAUUGCCAUCGUAGCGUCCAUUAUGUUUUGUUUGGACAAGUAACAUAACAUUCUAUUGAGCAAAACGAUUUCAGAAAUUGUAAAUUAAUGCUGAUUCAAUUAAUUUAAAAUAAGCUUUGAAAGUUUGGAAAUAACCUUAGUACUAAGUUCUUUCUAGUAUCGUUACUGAAUUAUACUAACCGCCGGUGUGACUUAAUAUGAUUAUAGAUUUAUAUAGAGUAACAGUACAAAUGCUUGCCUGAAAGAUAUGUAUGCCUUAGUGUUCAAAUUGAUUUUGUAGCUUUAAUAAAUAAAUAUUUUCCGUAAUA